AACCCAUACUUGCAAACAGAGCUCUGCAGUCCUCCAGCUGUGGUUGCCUGCCUGGUGGGCAGUAUUGUAUUCAUCACCCUGUCAAGUUGGCUGCACAGCUCAUAAAUUCUCUCAAUUUGCCGUCUACCUUAGCAUCCUCUGGUCCAGAAUUAUCACCUCUCUUGUUACCAGUACUGGCAAUUCACCAUGGCCGCAACCACCCCCACUUUAAGUGCUGUUUUUGGCUUAAGUGUGAAAUCAUCUCCAGACGAUUUAAGCUCUACAACAGAAUCUGUCUUUGACAACUUCAGUGGAACGGACAACUAUGAUUAUCCAGAUGAUGUCUACAGGGGGUGUCUUUAUGAGCGUCAUGGCACCACUUUUAUUCCUGCCCUCUAUGCCAUUUUCUUCAUCCUUGGCAUUGUGGGUAACUCUCUGGUCAUCUGGGUCAUUGUUUGUGGUGUUCGGCUGCGCAGCAUGACGGACGUGUGCCUCCUGAACCUGGCUGUCGCUGACCUCCUCUUGGUUUGUUCACUUCCUUUCCUCGCCCAUCAAGCCCGGGACCAGUGGAUGUUCGGGGAACAUCUGUGCAAAGGGGUUCUGGGUAUUUACUACAUUGCUUUCUACUGUGGGAUCUUUUUCAUAAGUCUCAUGAGCAUUGACAGGUACUUGGCAAUAGUACACGCUGUCAAUGCAAUGAGAGCACGGACCAGGUCCUUUGGAAUGAUUGCAGCUGCAGUAACAUGGUUGGCUGGAAUUUUGGCGUCUUUUCCUGAGCUCAUCUACCUCAAAAUCCAGCCUGAUUCCAAUACGACUCAGUUCUGCUACCCUGAAUAUCCAAGUACGGAUGAUUCUAGUCCAACCUACUAUCACUUCUGGACAUUGUUCAGCCUUUUUAAAAUUAACAUUUUGGGUCUUCUUGUCCCUUUUGUCAUCAUGGGUUUUUGCUACUCACAGAUCAUCUGGAGGCUGCUGUACAGCCCGUCGUCCAAGAAACAGGCCAUCCGUAUAGUUCUUAUAGUGGUGGCUGCUUUCUUCUGCUGCUGGGUGCCCUACAACGUUGCAUCCUUAUUCAAAGCUCUGGAGCUGUUGCACGUCUAUACAGAAUGCGAGAGCAGCAAAGCCAUCAGAUUGGCUCUGCAAGUCACUGAGGCUGUGGCUUACUCCCACAGCUGCCUGAACCCAGUCCUUUACGUGUUUCUUGGGAGGAAGUUCAGGAGGCACUUGGUGAGGUUAAUAAACAGGGCUCCCUGCAGACUGUGUCAGGUUAUCAAGGUGUACCUGCCUCCGGACAGAAUCAGUGAAUCGGUGUAUUCACAGACCACCAGCCUGGGCACGAGGAGCACUGCUGUGUGAAGUGGUUGAAUGUGGAAAAAAGGGUUUUACGGUAUAUGAGUUGUGUUUACUGUUAUUUUCUGUGUGGUCAAGCCGACAAUAAGGACAUUUCUCUUUAGGUUAAAAUUAAAUGCUCAGCUUGUUAUUUUAGGAUAUUAUAGGACUUGUAGUUCAGUUAAAAUUAGUUUUUAGGUUGCUGUAAAUUUACAUUUUUAGUGUGGCAUUUUAUGUUGAGGGAAUAGGUAAAUAUUACUCGCCAGAAAUAUAUUUUUGUAGAGAGGUAUAUGUAGGUAUUUAUCAGUGUCAGAGACACAAGUCUGAUCUACUAGCCUUAUAAUAUUGUACAGUAACAUACAGGUAAACAAAAUCUUCUGCUUUUUUACCAGACAUUCAGAUAUUUUCAUGAACUAAUGAAGAAAUAUUUUCAUCAACUUAUGAAUAAGUUCACACGUUCUUUAAGCUGCAUUUGAAUGUAAAUUACACCUGUAUUGUAAAUGUGGUUCCAGAUCCUUACAUUUCUAGUGAAUUUCUAAUGACUCAGCUUUGAACUACUGCUGGCAGCAUAGCUCAGAAAAAAAAACAGUGUCAAAUAUAUCAGCUGUCAACAGCGACACUGCAGCAACCUUGAUAAUGAUGCCAAAGGAAAUGUCAGUAAUACUGCAACUAUUGUUUAAGUUUUACUUGUUUUGUAUUAAUUAAGGGGAAACACCAUGAAGCAAAUGUGUUAUUUACUUUUUUUGGCACAUGACCACUUUCCCACUGAAGUCCUCUAAAGUGUGUUAAAGUGUUCUCUGGCAGCUAACAGUCUUUCACAAUAUGUGUUGCAGCAAAUUUGCAGUCAGCCUAAAGAAAACCACAACCUGAAAGAGGAAGUAAUGAAAGAGUUUCAUCUUUGCAGACUCUCUGCACAAAGAAACAUUAGACUGUCAAAUUUUUUUAAAGUUUUUCUAAAAAUGUUGCUGGACAAAAAACCCGGACAAUUUUUAAUUUUAUAGGACUAUAGCUCUGUAAGGUUGGGUGACUUAAAGACAGCUUUAAAGAAAAAAAAAAGGAUACUUUUGGUGUUUUUAUGACAGCCUUGUGUUACGUGCGGCCCUUUUUCUCUCCCUCUGUGCAUUUCUGGUCUCCCUCCUCCUAACUGUGGUGCACCUGAAAUGGGGCAGCAGUAGCUCAGUCCAUAGGGACUUGGGUUGGGAACUGGAGGGUCGCCGGCUCAAGUCCCGUUGUGGACCAAAUCUGGAAGUUGGUCUGGUAGCUGGAGAGAUGCCAGAUCACUUCCUGAGCACUGCCAAUGUGUCCUUGAGCAAGGCACCAAACCCCCAACUGCCCUGGUGCGCUCUCUGCUUAGCAGCCUGACUCUGACAUCUCUUCACUAAUGCAUGCAAUCCUGUUUGUGAAUGCAUGUGAUUCGGGCCCAUGUGUGUGAGAAUCAUGUCCCUAUAACAGAGUGUAACUUCCCUCAGGGAUUAAUAAAGGAUAUAAAAAAAAAAAUCAAUCUGCGAUCAGGGAGGGAGGUGACAGGUGGGAGAGACAGGGUAGGCAGACACACACACACACUUUUGGCAACGGCAUGUUCGUUCUUUUCUCGUUUAAUCAUUUUCCCUGUUGCUUUCUCCCCACCAGGCUUGUUUUAGUUUUCCCCCAUGCAUGUUUAGAUUGCUGGGUUUUGUCAUUUUAGUUGGGGCUGGAGAGACCGGUAGUCCUAUUUUCGAUUAUUUCAUUUUCUAUAGAUACGCUUUGUGGUUACCGUAGGUAGUUUAGGGGGAGGUGCCGAGAGCGACGGCCCAUUACGUGGUUGGCUCGGCACCUUCCCAUCUUUUGUUCCAUUGUGGGGGGGGGGGAGAUUAUUCAAAUAAAGCUCAUGGUUUAUACAUUUUAAAUUGUGUGGCGUUCCUUCUUAUAUGUUUUGGUCUCCUCUUUUCCGAGUCAUUCUUACUCUUCUUAAGCCU